AUUACACACACACUUCGUUCAAACAAGGAUGAAUCGGUAAUUUUACACUCCCCGUCGUCCAUACAAGGACGAAAGCGAGGAGACUUUACGAGUCGCCCCUAGGGUUAUCCGAAAUUCCAUCCAGGUCCCCUCUCUUCCCUCUCUCCAAUGGCGACCCUCUCUGCCUUCUCUUCCCCUCCCUGGCCCGACCCCAACCCCAACCCAAACCCUGACCCGACUUUCGUCUCUCAGACGGACCAGUCUUAUCCGCUAGACUCAGAAACCGAAUCCUCCAUGUCUCACCAACCAAUUGAGUUCCACGACCACGACCAAAACCCUAACCCUAACGUCCAGAAGCCGCUUCAAACGACGCCGUCCGAUCCGGGGACGCUGCUCCACCUGUCGUUCAACCAGGACCACGGGUGCUUCGCGGUCGGCACGGACCACGGGUUCCGGAUCUUCAAUUGCGACCCGUUCCGCGAGAUCUUCCGGCGGCACUUCGCCGACGGCGGAAUCUCCGCCGUCGAGAUGCUCUUCCGGUGCAAUAUCCUGGCCCUCGUCGGCGGCGGGCCCCACCCGCAGUACCCGCCCAAUAAGGUCAUGAUCUGGGACGACCACCAGGGCCGGUGCAUCGGCGAGCUCUCGUUCCGGUCCGAGGUCCGAUCCGUGCGACUCCGCCGCGACCGGAUCGUCGUCGUUUUGGAGCAGAAGGUGUACGUGUACAACUUUGCGGACCUGAAGCUGCUCCACCAGAUAGAGACCAUCGCGAACCCUAAGGGCCUCUGCGCGGUUUCGCAGUCGGCCGCGUCGCUGGUCCUGGUCUGCCCCGGGUUGCAGAAGGGCCAGGUUCGGGUCGAGCACUACGCUUCGAAGAGGACCAAGUUUAUCAUGGCGCACGACUCGAGGAUAGCGUGCUUUGCGCUCACCCCGGACGGCCAGCUGCUCGCCACGGCGAGCUCUAAGGGGACUCUGGUCCGGAUCUUCAAUACCGUCGAUGGAACACUGCUUCAAGAGGUAAGGAGGGGUGCAGACAGAGCGGAAAUCUACAGUCUGGCAUUCUCUUCAACUGCCCAGUGGUUAGCAGUCUCAAGCGACAAGGGAACUGUCCACAUUUUCAACCUUAAGCUUAAUACUGGAUUGCCAGGGAAUGACAAGUCGCGAUAUGCUUCUGAUUCUGAUCUUGCUGUUACACAAUCAAGCUCAUCUCUCUCUUUUAUUAGAGGAGUGUUGCCCAAGUAUUUUAGCUCAGAGUGGUCAGUUGCCCAGUUUCGCUUGCCUGAGGGUUCUCAUUAUAUUGUUGCUUUUGGUCACCAAAAGAAUACAGUGGUAAUUCUUGGCGUGGAUGGAAGCUUCUAUCGAUGUCAAUUUGACCCAGCGAAUCGAGGAGAGAUGACACAGCUGGAGCAUCACAACUUUCUGAAGCCAGAAGAAGCUUUCUAAUACUUGGGUGUAUGACAUGUAUCUUGGCUACAUAUAAUAUUCUUUUACUUCUUCCCUUCCCCCUGAUUUAGGAUGUUGGUAAUCAUGCUGUGUAUAUAUCUAUAUAUAUAUAUGAGUGUAAAUCAUGCUACUGGUCUCUCCCAAAAUUAAGGGAAAAAUGACUGUAACAUCCUUCUCAAUCUGUUCAUAGCGAGUUUGUAAAUGCAAGUGGGGCAUGCUUGAACUUGAA